AAUAUCCAUCCAACAGGGAGACACCUUCACGUUGCGCCAGAUGGAGCCUCCAGCCAAUCCGGGAGACAGCCCGGUAGAGUUGGAGUUAACGGUGGAGAGUGUGGAGUCCGCUCUCUACCAACUCUACUUUGACCCGGACAUGGAGCGUAAGAACGUGGCGCAGAAAUGGCUGGCCCAGGCCCAGGCCUCUGCACAGGCAUGGCAGUUCUGCUGGGCCCUGCUUGGCCCUGACAAGCUCCCAGAGGUGCAGUUUUUUGGUGCCAGUACCCUCCAUGCCAAGAUUGCCCGUCAUUGGAGUGACCUCCCCACAGACCAACAUGAGAGCCUGAGAAUGCAGCUCCUCUCCCACAUUCUACACUUCUCUUCGGGGCCCAAAAUGGUGCUAACUAGGCUUUGUGUAGCCCUGGCUGCUAUGGCUCUUAACUUAAUUCCAGAGGCUUGGUCCCAGCCGGUGGCAGACAUGGUGAGGGCCUUCCAACCGCAGAAACCUGAAGGUGGCUCUGGUGCAGAGGCCACCCAGGACCCUCAUGUGCACUGCCUUGCACUGCUAGAGCUCCUCACCGUACUUCCUGAGGAGUUCCAGAGUAGUCGGCUGGCUCAAGCCCGUCGUGCCCAACUGAGGGAAGCCCUGACUGGGGAGUGGGCGGUGGUGUGUCCCAUGCUGCGCCAGCUGCUCCAAAGCCAGGACUCCUCAAACCAGGUCAAAGAGAAGGUGCUGCGCUGCCUGUCCAGCUGGGUGGGGCUGGAUGUGCCUUUAGGGGAGAGUCAUGAACUAGUCCAGGACUGUUUUACUGUGCUGUCCAACCCUGAACUGUUCGACACGGCUGUGGAGACGAUAGUUAAUGCCAUCUCACAGCCUGACUGCCAGAGGUACAUUGAUGCUCUGGUGAACUUGAUGCCUCUGGUGCUGGGUCUCCAUGACCAGCUGAAGACAGCAGCUCAUGAUGGGGACAUGGAAACCUCACAUGGUAUCUGUCGUAUUGCUGUUGCUAUGGGGGAAACACACUCCAGGGUUUUAUUGGAACAGGUGGAGCACUGGCAAGAAUAUCUGGCUUUGGUUAACAUGAUUCUUUUCUGUACCGGCAUCCCUGGGCACUACCCAGUCAGUGAGACCACCAGCUCCCUUACACUCACCUUCUGGUACACACUGCAGGAUGACAUCUUGUCAUAUGAGGAUGAGAAGCAGGCAGUUUACCUGCAGGUCUACCGGCCAGUUUACUGCCAACUGGUGGAUGUGCUACUACAUAAAUCCCACUAUCCCCCCCAGGAGGAGUACGCCUCGUGGUCUUCCGAUGACAAGGAGCAGUUCAGAAUUUACAGAGUGGACAUUUCUGACACUCUGAUGUAUGUGUAUGAAAUGCUGGGGGCUGAGCUGCUCAGUAACCUCUACGACAGGCUGGGCAGACAGCUGAUGGACCCCCAACAGUCAGCAGUGUGGCAGGACACAGAGGCUCUGUUAUUUGGCUUCCAGUCCAUAGCUGAGACAAUAGAUGUGAACUACUCUGAUGUUAUCCCUGGUCUUAUCGGUCUCAUCCCCAGAAUCAACAUCAGCAACUUUAUGCUGGCUGACACUGUCAUGUACACCAUAGGAUCCCUGGCUGAGUGGCUGGCUGACCACCCAGUGAUGUUGGGUGGGAUUUUACCCAUGGUGCUUCAGGGCCUUGUGAAGGCAGAGCUGUCUGUGUCCAGCAUAUCGACUCUGAAGAGGAUCUGCAGGGAGUGCAGACAUGACCUCGCCCCCUACACCCAGGAUAUCCUGACUGUGUCACAGGAUGUGCUGGUGAAAGAAAUCCAUAAGAGCAGCCAGUGCAUGUGGCUGAUGCAGGCUCUGGGUUUCCUCCUGUCCGCCCUGCCGGCAGAGGAGAUCCUGGUCAGACUUCACUCUCUCAUGACUCCUCACGUCCAGAAACUGGACACACUUGCCCAGCAAGAGCCUAAUCCCACCAACAAACAGUCUAUCAUCCACAUUCUGGGCAUGCUGUCCAGUCUCUUUACCACUCUGGACAUCAAUAGACAAGCAGACAGCUCAGAGGGAGCAUCCAGCCCAAGACCUGCUCCCUCACAGAGCGCACAAAAUCCAGUUGUUGUUGUGCUACAGCAAGUGUUUGCGUUGAUCCAGACCAUCCUCAGCAAGUGGCUUAACGACUCAGAGGUCGUCGAGGCAGUGUGUGGGGUGUUUGAUAAGUCAGUUCGAACCCUCCUACAUGAUUUCGGGCCCAUGGUGGCUCAGCUGAGUGAGAUGCUGGGCCAGAUCUAUAGCGCAUUCCCACAAGCCUCAGCUCUGGACCUGGCACGGCAGAUGGUUCACAUAUUUGCCGGAGAGGAACACCACAUCUCUGACAUCAAAAGCCUUACUGAAGUGUUGACUUCAGCCACACUUACCAUAUUUCAGCAAGGUCCACGGGAUCAUCCUGAUAUUGCAGAAUCAUUUAUGCACCUUCAUUCUCAGAUUCUUAAAAGGAAGCCUGAUUUGUACCUGUCUGACCAGUUGGACGUUAAAGCACUGUUUUACUGUGGGAUUCUAUCACUGAAGUUCCCAGAGACACCCACAGUAAAAGCUGCCAGUCUGUUCUUUACCGAGCUGUUGCCUCGUUGUAAAGACAUGCCCUUGCUGGGCGAUGUUCUGCAGAGGGAUGGAAAGCUUCUGACAGAGACUGUACUCCAGGCGGUCGGAGGCGGUUCACCACGCAGUCUGACAGAGCACUUCUCUGAGGUGUUGUUGAGUCUGAACAGACACUGCCCAGCUCUGCUGUCCCAGUGGCUGGAAGAAACACUGCAGACCCCAGGGUUCCCCUCCGCCCAGGUCUCCACAGAGGAGAAACAGACCUUCAGACUGCAGCUUUUAAGUGAGCAAACCAACAAGCGUCGCGUGAAGGACAUCGUGAAGGAGUUUUCUUUGCUCUGUCGGGGCCUGCAAGGGUCUGGAUACUAGAACACUAGAGUGUGCCACUAGCACUGGGGACUUUCCCAUCCUAAGUCCAUCUCUGAGAAGGUAACCACAAACAAAUCGGAAAAUGUCAAUGAUAAAUGGAGUGUUCACUCGACUAUUGAAAAACCUUAACACUUGGACUGAGCCAAAGCAAACACACAGAUGAAGCGGACUGUUAUUUGGAGGAGGGACCUCUGUGUGACAUUUUUUUAAUACCUUUUUCAAAGCAGGAUCAAAUGAAAGUGCUCCUUAUCUCCAGGCAUGGAUACAGUCCAUCUGACAAACUGA